AAAAGAGAAACAGAAAAUGAUUUUUUAUUAUAAUGCUGUCUUUAUUUAAGGUAUCUCACUCGUCACGUCUUGCUUUUUUGCGCAAAUCAUUUCAUUAUUCAAUAAAUUAUAUUAAAUCAGCACAGAGAGCCUAUCUUAACAUUACUACAAAACUCUUUCAAAAGCAUUUUACAAAAAUUAUGUGAACAACACAAAAUAUAAAAAUUAUUUCAUUUUCAUCAAACUGAAAAUACAUCACUGCUCGGUAUAUAUCGGAUUUUUAAAAGAUAAUUUAAACUACUGGGCUACCGUAGUCCCGUAGAUACGUGUAGUUCACCUAGGCGCUUCGCUGUUAAAUUACCUAUCAUGGCGUCCUCAGAGCCCCGUGAUUUAGAACAGGUUGUUAGAGAUGGACUAAGUACACUUGUAUUCGGCUUUGGAUACAGGGUGGGUAUAGUGGACGGCUUCAUUAAAAUUAAGCAACCGUGUACAGCAGAGGAACUAGCUCAGAAAGUAGGCAUGAAAAGAAGGUACAUAGAAGAAUGGCUGAGCUGUCUGGCGGCCGCAGGAAUUGUCCGAGUUCAUGACGGUGACAGGUUUUCUCUGCCCUACGACGAAGCUAAGUUGAGGUUGCAAGGACACGUUGCUGGCGUCCUUCCAACAUUAAGUGAAUCAAUGCCAUUACUGGAACAAGUCAUUCGUACUGACGGACCAAGAGGCUACAAGUAUACAGAACCAUUCCUAAAAUUUGUGGAGGGAUUCUCAACACCAGCAUCUAUUGAAAAUUGGGUGAAAGCCUCUCUUGUGCCAGUCUUACAACUGAAAGAAGGGGACCAGUUCACGCUAUUAGAUCUAGGCUGUGGGUACGGUAAUCAUGCUAGACGAGUGGCCCAAGUUUAUCCAAAAAGUUCAGUGUAUGGGGUUGAUAUGGACAAAAUUUCCAUAGAUAGAGCAAACGAAGGAACGCAAAAGGACGGUCUCAAAAAUGUCCAAUUUCUUUGUAACGUGGGCGGAAAUCUUCCAUCUGAUUGGACGGAAAAAUUUGAUUUUGUCAUCAUUAACCAAGUUCUCCAUGACGCACCUGGCGUUGACGCCAUCUUGAAGGAAGUCAAGCGUGUCAUGAAAUCAGAUGGAUUCGGGGCCGCUUAUGACCCACCCGUGUCAUCUUAUCCCAAAAACCAGGUCAACGAUAAAUGGGCCCAACAGGCCCUGCCGUUCAGCUUUUUCUCUUGCCUUCCCAUGAGCCUUUCGGAUCCUACCGAAACAGGCGACGGACUUGGGGUUGGGUGGGGGUACGAAAACCGCAAGACAAAAAUAGAACAACAUGGCUUCCAUGUCGUCCCGUGCGGCGAUAUUGACAUCAACACGGUUCAAGAUAGAAUAGUCUUUAAAAAAUAAUGUCAUAUAAC